GUAAUCCCAGGAGAUGGUAACUGCCAAAUGCACUCUCUUUCAGAUCAACUCUAUGGUAACUUGGACCAUAGUUAUGAAAUCAGAUUCAUUAUUGUUCAAUGGCUUAGACUAUAUUGUACCAAAAUGGCAAAAAGUGGCUUUUGGGGUGACCAUUUAACUUUACUUGCUGCUGCCGAAAUUUAUAAAGCUAAUAUUUCAAUUAUAUCUUCGGUAGAAUCUCACAAUUACUUCGUUGAAAUUACACCAAGUUCUGUCAAAGCCGAUAAAACAAUACUACUAUCACAUCACGCAGAAUCCCAUUAUGGUUCAUUAUGUAUGAGAACCAAAUAA